AGGAAUGACGUCGGUGAACGGUUAAUCAGCUGAUUCUGAACGAUCAAAUGAACCAAAAUAACACGGUUGUAUCGGUCCAAAAAGGUGUAACAUCUACCGAAAUCUAAGGGUAAUUCAUUGGGAUAUUGUUGACAUGCUUGAUUUGGUUUGUCAUCAUGGACAAGAUUUUGGAGGGCCUUGUGAGCUCUGAUCACUCUAUACCAGUGAAGAAAGCCAUUGUAAAGAAGGUUGUUGAAGCAGCAGAGAAAGAGGUAACUGAAGAGCAGUGUCAGUCGCUGUUUAUCCUCACCACCCGCCUCAUCCUACUCGGUGAAGAUGCCUUUCAGAAGCAGAUCGGCCUCCAGGUUUUGGAGGCGUAUGCACGCUACCACCGCCCAGAGUUCGAGCGCUUCUUCAGCAAAGAUUUUGUCCUCGGUCUUCUCCAGCAGGGCUAUGGCAGCCUGGACCGCAAAGACCCAGCCAUCAUAGACUACAUUCACUGCUGCCUGCGGCUGCUCAUCAGCUGCCCUUCUGUUCUGGAGAUCUUCAGCGUGAUCCAGGUGGAGGUUUUAAGGAUGGUGUGUGAACGUCCGGAGCCUGCCCUCUGUGCACGCCUGAACAUUUUGCUGUCUGACUUUAUGCAGUGCAUCCCCAGGGAUAAAUCAGGCGUUUUGUUCUGCCAGCAGCUGGUGAGGACAAUCAGUUGCUUUCAUUGCUUUGCCAGCCAGGAGCGGGAGCUGAGAGAGUAUGUGGGGCAGGUGACUAAGGUCAGCACUCUGCUGCAGAAUAUCUGGAAGGCUGACCCAGCCACACUGCUUCCUUCACUGCAGGAGGUCUUUGCCAUCAUCUCUUCCACAGACCCGUCCUUUGACCCAUCAAUCGCUCUGGCCAGCCUGGUCCAGCACAUCCCUGUCCAGAUGAUCACAGUGCUUAUCAAGAGUCUCACCACAGACCCAAAUGUCAAAGAUGCAAGCAUGACGAAAGCUCUCUGCAGGAUGAUCGACUGGCUCUCUUGGCCUCUGGCCCAGCAUGUUGAUACCUGGGUCAUUGCCCUUCUGAAAGGGCUGGCUGCUGUCCAGAAGUUCACCAUUCUCAUAGAUGUCACUCUACUUAAAAUUGAACUGGUGUUCAGUCGUUUAUGGUACCCCAUCGUUCGACAGGGGGCGCUCACUGUGCUGUCCCACAUGCUGCUGAGUUUCCAGCACUCUCCGGAGGCCUUCCAUUUGGUUGUUCCACAUGUGGUUCACCUAGUCCAGUCUUUGAGGACAGACGGUCUCCCCACCAGCAAAGCUUUCUUGCUGCAAUUUACUGAGCUCAUUCACUGCAUGAUGUACCAGUACUCUGGCUUUCCUGACCUCUACGACCACAUCAUAGAGGCCAUAAAGGAUCUCCCAAAACCUGGAGAGGAAAAAAUCAAGCUGGUGUUGAAUCAAAGUGCCUGGACCUCCCAGUCCAACUCAUUUGCCUCAGGUCUCCUAAAGCUAGUUGGGAAGUCUGAGACCGGCAAGACUGGCCUUAUCAACCUGGGAAACACCUGCUACAUGAACAGCAUCAUUCAGACCCUCUUCAUGGCCACAGAUUUCAGGCGGCAUGUUUUAUCCCUACAUCUGAAUGGUUCCAACAUGUUAAUGAAAAAGCUUCAGCUGCUGUUUGCGUUCCUUGCUCACACCCAGAGGGCAGCGUAUGCACCCAGGAACUUCUUGGAAGCAUCCCGGCCUACUUGGUUCAACGCUGGCUCUCAGCAGGACUGUUCUGAGUACCUCAGAUUUCUUCUAGACAGGCUACACGAAGAGGAGAAAACACUUCAAGUCUUGGAAUCAGCUAAGCUAAAGGUUGCCUCCCCUGUGGACACAAGCAGCAAAGAUCCAGCAGCUCAGACUUCUCCAGAAGACACUGAAGAAUCAUCCUUGUCUCCAGCAGAAUCCAAAGCUGUGGAUGACGGGAGGACUUUGAUAGAAAGAAUGUUUGGUGGGACUCUGAUCACAGGGAUUCGAUGUAUGCAGUGUAACUGCAUCUCUGAGAAAGAGGAGCGUUUUACAGACCUCUCUUUGGCCUUCUGUCCUUCUGCCACCUCUCAGGACAGCCCUCAGCCGAUAGGGCCCUCAGAGGAGCCCAAAGUGCUCUGUCAGGGAUCUGUCAAUGGUGGUAGUGAAACUCCAGAGCCAGGUGCAGCUAAGACCCCCACUAGCAAUGCCCAAUUUGUGCCGGAGGCAAAUGGGCCCCCUCUCUCUGUGCCUGACCUGGUGAACUAUUUCUUGGCUCCGGAGAUCCUGGAUGAAGAGAAUGCCUAUUUCUGUGAGAAGUGUAGCUCUUUGCAGCGGGCAGAGAGGACCAUGAAACUAGUGUCGGCACCUGAAUACUUAAUCCUCACCCUGCUGCGGUUUUCAUACGAUGCCAAAUGCCAUGUCCGGAGAAAGAUUCUGGACAAUGUCACCAUCCCGUCCCUCAUGAGACUCCCUGUACAUUCUCCUUCGAUGCUAACACAAUGUUCCUCUUCUACCUCCUCUCCCCUGCAAGUGGAUUCUCCUGAGAGCAGCGAGAAUCUGGCCAAGAAGCUGAAACCAUCACGGAAAGAGGAGGAAGAAGAGGAGAAGGAGAGAAUAGAUGGAGCUGAGCUGAUAAACAGAGGGGGAGCAAUGUCAGUCCAAUCCGUGCCCUAUGUCCUCAGCUCAGUGGUGAUACACUCUGGCGUUUCAUCAGAGAGCGGACACUACUACUCUUACGGCCGCAACAUUAAUGGAGCAGAUGGAAGGCAGCAUCCAGUCAAUCACUUUGCCCUCAAGGAGGAUUUGGGUAACGGCCAGGCCGAGUGUAGCCCCUCGACGUGCUCUGCUCUCACGAUUUCAUCCGAACAAGGAGACAAGCUAUCUGACAGCGGCCAGGAGGCAAGGGAUUGGCUACUCUUCAACGAUAGCAGAGUGACAUUCUCGUCUUUCCAAUCAGUGCAAAACAUUACUAAUCGCUUCCCCAAGGACACAGCGUACGUGCUUAUGUACAGAAAACAGGAGCUACCAGGGCAGAGCGUAAAUGGAGGAGCAAUGGCAAAUGGGAUGAAAGUGAGUGCAGAGCCUCCGCUUCAGAAAGAACUACUGGAUGCUAUCAUCAAGGACAACAAGCUGUAUUUACAGGAGCAGGAGCUCAAUGCUCGGACCCAGGCUCUCCAGGCCCCUUCAUCCUCGUGCUCAUUCAGGCCAAACGGUUCAGAUGACAAUAACCCACCAGGGAGCUGUGGCCCAUCUGGAGGAGGAGGAGGAGGAGGGGGAGGGGGCUUCAACACUAUCAGUAGACUGGUGUUCUGAGAGAGAAAUGAAUGCAGCAGGAAACCCAGAUGAAAUGACACAGAGGGUGCCCUGAACUGACUGCACAGGAGCCUGAACUCUCAUGGAGCAGAUGUGUAAUAACCUCAUAAAAUGAGCACUGAAAAUACAUGCAACACACAAACACAAAACAGCCACAAUUCUUUGAAAUUUAGGUUUGGUUUCUUCAAAGAUAUUAACUUCUUGCUUUCUAUUCCAUUUAUGUCAUAUUUAUUUUGAUUAUUUUAUCAACUUAGUACUUGUUUAUAAUUUCUGAAAACUUGAGGUGAAUGAUAGUGCAAAUAUAAUCUAUCCUUAAAAAUGAAAGAUAUCUGCCUCAUACAAUUUUAUUUUAUAGAAGUAGCUUAAAUAACCGUACAUUUUAACACAACCUUAUGAAAUGUGCAAGUAUGAUUAAAUCUCAAACUUCCUGAUACUAUAUGGUCUCUCAGAGUGUUUAUAAUAAUACCUCACACACCACACAUUCACAUGAGCAUAUGCAAACACACGCAUCUGCAGUGCUUUUUAACUGUAACAUAAAGAGACUUUUUGGACUUGUCAUAGUUCUGAACACACAGCUCAACCUUUGUUUAAUUUUCUGAUUUGCAUGCGGUCUUUCCUCAUGAGCUGUCGACUUUGGUUUUCAAGAUAUCUGGGUCUUUUUGAUGUGUGCUUUGGUGUUUUAUAAGUUUCUUAUUCCAUGCAAUAAAUGUACAUAUGACUUGA